AUGCCAAGGCCGGUGAGACAAGAAGAUUUAGAUUUUGUCUCUUGCGAGAAUGAUCGGUAUGAAAGUGAAAUUGUUAAGUGGAGAAAACACCAAAUGCUGGAAGCUUUAGAGCAAGAUGCCGUCGAGGUUCAAAGAAUCCUUUACGCAGCUAGAUCUUCUGCUCUUAAGAAGUUUGAGGAAGCCGAACAAAGGCGUACCGAAGAAUUCCAAAAAUGGAAACAGUUAUACGAAAAAAUUGAGGCGGACUAUGAAAAGGAAAGACUUCAGAGGAAACUUGAUUUCGAGGCGCAACAGGCACAAUGGAAAAAAUUGAUGCAGGUAUUUAUUUUAGUUCGUUCUCUCUCUGAUCAUAAUAAUGUCAUUCAUGACUCCCUAUGCGAAUAUGUAGGAUUAUGA